AUGUUGAAUUCUAUUGAUUUAAUUUAUAUUCAAUUAGCUACAAUUAUAACUAGUUUUUAUUAUCGUUUAGAUUUAUCAAUACGUGUAUGUUUUUCAUCAUCAUAUGAAUUUUUAUUAUAUGAAUUAUUAUGUUUAACAAUUGAAGUUUAUCUACCAUCACAAAUAGAUUAUGUAUAUAUUCGAUCUAUUUUAUUGAUUGAUGAUUAUUUUACACGAAGAUUUAUGAUUAAAUAUAGUUUGGAUAACAAAAAUUAUGUUGUUAUUGUACAUGCACAUAUUGCUGAUGUAUCAUAA